CUCCUGCACAAGGUCGCUUCUGGAUUUAGUUUUGAGGAAGUCAGCAGCAGUUUAUUAAUUUGGCGCUGUUCUGAGCUGUUUAUUCGGAUGCUGUUGUUUAAGCUCUAUGACAGCACUCACAUACAGGCCUCAGGAUUUUUUAUUUUGUUUUAAAAAUCUGUUUUUGGAUGUAAGCAGUCAAAGGCGGGAUGUUUCCUAACGACACAGCUCGAGCCCAGUCUUCUUCCUCUCCUUCUGCUGGAUUCUCUGUUGUUGUAAAUGCUGAAAACGGCAGUAUUGUUAAUGUUCCUGCGCUCAUUAACAGCACAUUCUCUGAUCAUGUUGCCCUCAACAUCAGAGGCAGCACUGCUUGCACUGAAACUGAAAAGGAAAACUUGGACUUGUCCACAGAAGUUCUACAGAAAUUUUUGGCGAGUCACAAAGCCAACAUAAAGAAGAAAAUUGAGUGCAUUUUUGAGGGCAAAAGGGAUGCAAAAACUAAAAUACUUCUGAAGAAGGUCUACACACAGCUGUACAUCACCGAAGGAGAAUUCAAAGAAGUUAACAAAGAACACGAGAUCCUGAAAAUCGACAAAGCUUUUAAUGUGAAGAAAACUCAAGACAAACCAAUCAACUGCAAUGAGAUUUUCAAUGUUCCGGGGAAAAGUGAAGAAAAUAAAGUUGUGCUCACCAAGGGAAUCGCAGGAAUUGGAAAAACGGUAUCUGUGCAGAAGUUUAUUCUUGAUUGGGCUGAAGGAGAAGCCAACCAAUAUAUAGACUGCAUCUUCUUCCUUCCAUUCCGAGAGAUUAAUUUGAUUAAAGAUAAAGAAUACAGUCUUCAUGAAUUACUGCAGGAAUUCUACCCUGAACUGGAAAAACUCAGUGAAACAAAUUUGUACAAAAAUCUCAAGCUUGCAUUUGUGUUAGAUGGGCUUGAUGAGAGCCGUCUUCCGCUGGAGUUCAAUGUCCAUAUGGUGAGAAGCGAACAGAAGAAAGCAUCUGUGAAUGCUCUCAUCACAAACUUGAUUGAAGGAAAUCUGCUUCCUUCUGCUCUGAUCUGGAUCACAUCUCGGCCAGCAGCAGCCAAUCAGAUCCCUUCGGAGCAUGUGAGCUUGUUUACAGAAGUGCGAGGAUUCACUGAUAAACAGAAGGAGGAGUAUUUUAAAAAGAGAGUAAAGGAUGUGAAUGACGCCUCUAAAAUCAUCUCACAGAUUAAGAAGUCUCGGAGCCUCUAUAUCAUGUGUCACAUCCCCAUCUUCUGCUGGAUCACCGCUAUGGUGCUUCAGGAGAUGCUGGUGCAAAAUGAUGGUGAAGAAAUUCCCACUACACUGACUGAAAUGUACAUCCAUUUCCUGCUUAUACAGAUGAACAUCAAAAACCAGAAGUAUGAUGACAAAGUGGAGCGAGAUUUGAAGAAACUGCUGGAAAUGAACAGAGAAACGAUCCUGAAACUGGCCAAGCUGGCAUUUAAUCAGCUGAAGAAGGGGAACAUCAUGUUCUAUGAAGAAGACCUGCUAGAGUGUGGUAUUGAGGUCAGAGUAGAUUCAGAGUACACUGGGAUGUGCGCUGAGAUCUUCAAGAAAGAAUCUGUGCUUCACGAGAAGAAGGUUUACUGUUUCAUACAUUUGAGCAUUCAAGAGUUUUUUGCUGCACUCCAUGUUUUCAACUCCUACCUGAACAAAAAUAUGAAUGAGUUACACUUUUUCUUCAAUGAUUGCCCUCCUAUAGAUACUCAGCUUUAUGUUUUACUGAACAAGGCUGUUGAUAAAGCCAAGGAGAGCGAGAAUGGACAUUUAGAUCUCUUUCUUCGAUUCUUGUUAGGCAUUUCGCUGGAGACCAAUCAGAAACUCCUGCAAGGCGUUCUUACACACACACAGUCAACCGAAAAGUGCAUUAACAGAGUGAUCCAGCACAUCAGGCAAAUGCAGAACAGCCCUCGCUAUUUGUCCCCUGAGACGUCCAUCAAUCACUUCUUCUGUCUGAUGGAACUGAAAAAUGGCUCCCUGUACAACCAAAUCAAGAAAUAUCUGUGUACAGACAAACUUCCAGAUAGAGAGUUAUCAUCGUCAAAUUGCUCAGCUCUGGCCUACUUGAUGUUAAUGUCUGGGGCCGUUUUGGAGGAACUUGACCCGAAAAAAUUCAACCCAUCUAAUUCAGCCUACAGGAGACUCAUCCCGGCUGUCAGGUGCUUCAGAAAAGCUUGGCUUGCUGGUUGUGAGCUCACUGAAACGUGCUGGGAGACCGUGGCUUCAGCUCUGGAGGCAGAAAACUCGGUUCUGACAGCGCUGGACCUGAGCGAUAAUUACAGAGUGGAGAAGGGAGCAAAGUUUCUUUCUGAUGGACUGAGGAGUUCACACUGUAAACUGGAGAUACUGAGGUUAGCGAGAUGCCAUUUCUCCCAGAGCAGCUGUGCCGAACUUGCUUCAGCCCUCACAUCAGUUUCGUCUUCUCUGAGUGAACUGGACCUGAGCGACAACGACCUGCAGGACUCAGGACUGGAGCUGCUCUUUGCUGGAGGGGAAAAUUUAUACUGUAAACUGCAGAUUCUGAGGCUGAGCUGGUGUAACCUCACAGAGAAGAGCUGCUCAUUCCUCUCCUCCAUUCUCAACACUGUAAGAGAGUUGGACCUGAGUAACAAUGACCUGCAGGAUUCAGGAGUGAAGAUCAUUUCUGAUGGACUCAGCAAUGAACAGUGCAAACUGCAGAUACUGAGGUUGUCCGGUUGUUUAGUGACACAAGAAGGAUUUUCUUUACUGGCAUCUGCUCUGACUUCAAACUCCUUAUCUGUCCUGAGAGAUCUGGAUCUGAGCUACAAUAAUCCAGGAGAUGAUGGAGAAAAGCUGCUCUCUGAUCUACUGAAUAAUCCAAACUGCAAACUGGAGACACUCAAAAUGGAACCAAAAAGUGAACAAUUUAUCAAAGCAGGGAUCAAAAAGUAUGCCUGUGAUCUCACUUUCAACCCAAACACGGCCCACACACAACUGUGUCUGUCCGAGUCAAACAAGAAGGUCUCAUACACGAUCCAAGAUCAGCAGUACCCAGAUCACCCGGAGAGAUUUCAGGUGUAUCACCAGGUUCUGUGUAACGAGAGUCUGAGCCAUCGCAGUUACUGGGAAGUCUUGUUGGAAGGCUCAUCACCAGAAAUUGGUAUCACGUAUCCUGACAUUCGGAGGAAAGAGGAAGAUCUGGCACCGUUGGACGCUCAAAUGAAGCUUGGGUUAAACCCGAUCUCUUGGGUGCUCGUGUGUGUUAACAACAAACGCUUCUAUGCCAGGCACAAUUCAGAGGACACGGACAUAGACAUGCCAAAGCCGAACAGGAUAGGUGUGUAUCUGGACUGGCCUGCUGGAACACUGUCCUUUUACAGCGUCUCACCAGAUACACACACACUUAAACACAUACACACAUUCUGCACACUGUUUGAGAAGCCGGUGCUUCCGGGGUUCAGCGUGGAAAGUGGCUGUCUGACUUUGUGCCAGCUGGAUUAAAUGGCCAAAUAAACGACUGAAGCAUAGUGACAAUGAUAAAACAUAUUUUUAAUGUAUAUCUGAUUUUUUACAAAAGCCUGGAACCAGUGCUCUCUAUUAUUUUAAAUCAGUGUGCCUGUAAAUUUAUAUAUUUGUAAAAGAGUUGUAAUAUGAUGAUAGCAGUGCAGCUUUGUACGUUUCAUAUCAUUUGAAAAAACUUUGACCUAUCAAUCUGGUGACCACAAAAACAUUCAAUAAAAACACUUCAUAAAAAAAGAAUAAUAAAAAGGCUCAAUGAAACAAAACGUAUAAAGAUUGGAAAAAGACCAGGCAAUGUUUUUCCAAUCAUCAACAGCCCAGUUUGGGUGAUCCCAUGAUCCAUUUUUCAUCAUUGUUAUUGAAGAUCUUGUCGAAUAGUGAACCAAGAAUGACAAACGUACAAAAAUGUGGUGCUGUAGAAGAUGAGCAUGUCAUUUUGUCAAGUCAAAUGUUAUCCACUAAACACAUGCAUUUAUUUAUU